CUCCGUUGCUUUUUUUUUAUUUUUUAUUUUUGAGUAAUUUUUUUAGCUUCUUUUAGCCAUAUGAGUUUCAACUCUCUGCUUGAAAUUCUGCUCUUUUAUAAGGAUUUUUUUAAAACUCAUUGAAGCCUUUAUAUGCAGUAUAAUUAUGUGUAAACACAACCCUUUCCAUUUUUUUUUCUCCCACAAAUCUUAAUUUUAAAUCACGACUUGGUUUUACUCACACUCGUUGUGUAUUUAUUCUGUUCAAGAAUUUUGAUUAUGAAGUAAGAAAGCUUUUGCAUUUGUAAUUUUAUGAUCACUUGCAUGCCAUGUCUCCGAGAAAUCUAUAUCUCUGAGUUGUUGGUAUGUUGUGUGCAAGUUAUAGACUUGUCCUGGUAGCAAAGUGACUUGGACUGAAAAAGUUUUUGACAUCAUUUUGUUACUUGGCUUGAGAUGACUGUUGCUUCUAUAUAUUUAUGUAGGAAGAUGUCACGGGGGCGGGCUAAGUCUGGUGGUUGGGCUGCCUUUGACCUUAAGCAGCGCCAGAAACAAGGCCUUGAGCCUCAAACUGACACGGACCAUUUCCCACCUAUACUGACCACUUUCCCCUCUCUGCAUCCUUGCGAAAACGUAUCAAGGAAUAAUGACCUUUCAGGCAGGCCUUUCUCUUGUGUACUCCAUCCUGUAGAUUUUCCAACUUCGACAGAGAAUAGGGAUGGCAAAAGACCCUUAUUAUAUGGUGAUUCUAGUGGCACUUCCAUGGAAGAUAAUGGAUCUUCCAAGAAGAAGAUCAUGGAUCUUUACCCUUGGGCUGACGAUAGCUUGAUUGAGGAUAUUAUGGCUGCAGUGGGUGAUGAUAUUACUAAGGCCUCAACAUUAUUGAAAGCAAUGGUUUCCCCCAGCAGCUUUGAAGAGAAUAAGGAAACUGACAUUUCAAAAAUAAAUUCCAAUUCAGGUAUUUAUCAAAGUGAUAAAACAAAGCAUACAAGUUUUCCUCUAGAAUCUGCUGCUGACAUAGCUGACCUCAACUCUACUUUUGAGAAAUGUCUGGAAGAGAAUAACAUUGAAUUGUUAAAUGCCCAUGAUUUCUGUGGGAAAAAGCUCCCUGAUGAUGCUGCAACUAUGAAACUGACUCUGGGGAGUUUGGAGUCAGUACCCGUUGAACCUGAGUGGGAAGAGGAUGAUGUUUACUUGAGGCAUCGAAAAGAUGCAUUAAGAAUGAUGAGGUCAGCAUCUCAUCACUCUAAGGCUGCCACUAAUGCCUUUGUAAGAGGUGACCAUUGUUCUGCCCAACGACACUCAAACAAGGCUCGAGAGGAAUGGUUGGCUGCUGAAAGCCUUAAUAACAAGGCAGCCAAAAAAAUUUUAAAUAUCAGGAAUAGCAAAAAUGAUGUAUGGAAACUGGAUCUACAUGGUCUUCAUGCAUCAGAAGCACUUCAAGCCCUGCGUGAACACCUGCAGCGAAUUGAAACCAAAGUUCUAUCUAAUCAUUCAGUGUCACCAAACAAAGUUAGGAUGGAAAAGAGGAUUAUACGUUCUUCGUCACUCGAGUCUUUUAAUUGUAUGGACACAGAGAAAUUGGAUCAACAAAAGGCACCAUCAACUCAAAGACCAACAUCCUUGCAAGUUAUCACAGGUAUAGGUAAUCAUAGCCGAGGACAGGCUGCACUUCCAACAGCUGUGAGAAGUUUCCUCAACGAUAACGGAUAUCGUUUUGAAGAGUUGAGGCCUGGUGUAAUCACUGUUCGACCCAAGUUUCGUCAUAGGUGAUUCAUCAAGUAACCAAAUCAGUGAUGAUGUAAAAUAUGUUAUUGCAGGACAGAGUCUUCUGCACUUCAUUCUUUAGACUAAUUCAUGCCCAGUAGAAAUCAGGCAGUUUCCUUCUCGUUAUUGGAAACAUAUUUAUGUGAUCAGGUGUAAAGAUUUAGUUUUGUAUGAUUAAUAAGUAAGAUACUUGUAGCAGAACUAUUUAUAUGAAAUUUAAAGUUGCAAUUUAGAACUUCUAAA